AUGGAAUAUUUUCGAUCAAAUACUAGCAAUAGAAGCACAACUCUUGAUAUUCACACAUUCUCGAGCUCUGCAUGGUACAAGGCGCCAGUCUACGUCAUCAUCGGGACAGCGCCGUAUCUCACAAGACUCAACAUUCAAGUCGCUGUUUGUCUAGCAGCACUCUGUGCUGUUUUCGUAGACAUUACAAUAAGACGAGUAAUAUCUCGGUCAGCCAGGAGCACCAGCCAGCAGCCGAAAUAUGUAUCCGUGUGGCCAUAUACCAUACCGUUUGCUGGCUCGGUUGUCGCCAUGGCCUCGUAUCUAAGCACCAACAACCCAGCUGCGUGGCUCCGUUCAUCAAGGCUCUUCAACCAGACUACUCCAGUACAGAUCAAAGCAUUCGAUAAUAAGGACUACGUUGUCAUCCAAGGACCCGAAAACAUCAAGGAUAUCUUCAAGAAUUCUGGGGUAUGCUCACCAUCCAUCCUACAUGAAUUUGUGCUCGGUCGAGUAUUCGGCAUGCGAGAGAAUGCACUGAAACUAUACGAAAAUGAUACUUCUGGAUAUCGUCGGACUCCACGAGCGGGUACAAACAUUGCACCACGCAACAGGGUGGACUUCCUCACGUUUCAGCCGCUCACCGAAUUUCUAUCUGGGAAAGGCAUGGACAGGUUUUGGUAUCGAUAUGAAACAAAUCUGAUACAAAGAGUACACAAUCGGCAAUAUGGUCAGGAUCGUUGGACGCACGUGCGCAAUUUAACCAGCCUUUUUGAAGGUGAUGUAUCUGCGGCUAUCGUGGAUGCUCUGUGUGGCCCGUAUUUGCUGUCCCGACACCCUUCAUUUCUGAAGAACCUUUGGAUGGUAGAUCAAUCAGUAGAUGUUCUGUUCCGAGCAACACCCCGAAUCUUUGCCCCGAAGCUGUACGCACAGCGAGAUAGUCUGAUUGAAGCUGUCCGAAACUGGCAUCAAUACGCCCGCAGUACCUUUCAGAUAGCCUCUAUUGAUGAAGAAGGCGAUGAUCCGUUUUGGGGUAGCGAAAUCUUUCGAAAUCGAAAUUAUGUUUUAUCUCAGAUGGAUGGGAUGGACUCUUACGCGAGGGCCUCAGCAGACUUUGGUCUCAUAUGGUCGUCGACAAGAAAUUCUGUAGUGGCCAGCCUGUGGGCGGUAAUAGAAAUCUUCAAAGAUCCAGUUCUUCUAGGAAGAGUCAGGCAAGAGGCCGAGAAGUGCCUGACAAAAGAAGAGCCAGAGCAGCUUGAUAUCCACCUUCUGUCCAAAAAUCCUCUGAUGCAGUCUAUAUACGCCGAGGUUCUGCGCAUGCGGGCUCACAUGUUCAUUGUCCGAGUCCCGCAGUAUAACAACAUGAAAGUCGGGGAGUGGACGGUGGGGAAGGGCAAAACGGUGAUUUCAAGUUCUACCGUGGCCCAUAUAGAUGAGACUGUCUGGAACCAAGGAAAAAACAAUCAGCAUCCGCUUGAUACGUUUUGGGCAGAUCGAUUUAUCAAAGUUGAGGGUGACCCAGAGAGUGGUCCGCGAAAGUCAAACAACAGCCAAUUUCCAGCCAUGAAAGCAUCGAGACAUCGCGAUGGUACCGAGACAGAUACAUCCAGGAAUCAACCAUGCCCUCGAACACACGUCGAGUUUGCUAUCAAAGACGUGGAAGGAUCCUGGAUACCAUAUGGCGGUGGUUCCAGAAUGUGCCCCGGGCGCCAUUUUGCAAAAAGAGACAUUAUCUUCACGGCUGCCUUGUUCGCAACCCACUUCGACAUGGAGAUAAUAGGUGAUACAGAGAACAUAGUAGAACAUUUGCGCGGCUUUGGCCUUGGAACUGCCGCCAUAGCUGGUGAGGUGCCGGUUAGAAUACGGGCCCGCAAGCCAUUCAACAUCACGAACAAGAUUGUAUAA